UACUAAUAAGCUAUCAUCAUACUGGGAAACAAGUGGAAACAAUAUCAAUUGUAAAGAUGCAAGCAACAAAGUUAUACAUAGAAAAGGAGAUAGGUAAUAGGAAGGGUGAGAAGAAUAAUAGUAAGACAGUCUUAGUAAAUAGUUUGAAGUGUUGAGGGAAUUAUUUGUUUAGCAGAGUGGUGGCAUUCAGGGGGGAAAACUGCCCUUGUGUCUAGUUGUUCUGGUGUGCAGAGCCCUAUAGCAUUGUUUUGAGGGCAUUAUUGUUGGUAUUUUAUCACACCAACAAGAAAAAAUUCAGAAUAGAAACUUAAGAGUUUCGCAGUCAUCUGGUUUCAUGAAUGCAUUAAUCACUCUUCCGCCACACCCUGAAUUCUGCAAUAGUUUCUUCAAAAUGCUUAGGAAGGUCAUAAACUUUUCUGCCAUUUUGUGUGUCAACUGUGUUAUUUUGUGUGCCGCUAUAUUAUUUUGUAAUAGAUUCAGUCAACAUGUGCAGUCGUGCAUGGCAAGCGCAUUUGGCUUUUCAAAAAUCUACAAUCCCACUUACCUUUUAUGAACUUCAUUCUAAUGUUGUAAAUUUGGUUUUAGUUUAUUUGAGGGGGAAUAAGCAUUGUUAAAAGCAGUUUUUUUAAAAAAUAUUCUUUUUUCAUGUUUAUUUACUUUAUUUAUAGAAUAGAAUGGAAUGGAAUGGAAUGGAAUGGAAUUUUUUUUAUUGGCCAAGUGUGAUUGGACACACAAGGAAUUUGUCUUGGUGCAGAUGCUCUCAGUGUACAUAAAAGAAAAGAUACGUUCAUCAAGAAUCAUAAGCAAUGCUGAGGGAUGAAACGGUCUUUCUCCCAGAAAGGAGCUGCUGGAGUUUUGGACCAUGUUCGACAUUGGUUACUCAUGGCAAUGAAAAGACUAGCUGGGAGUUUGAAAAGUAGUUUCAGGUGUAUCGUGGUAGUUGUGAUUGCACUUUGCUUUAUUUACCUGGUCAAGACAAAGUACGAUGCCAAGACAUGUGAAACGAGAAGAAUUCACAAGGUCGACCCUGAUCAUGCCAAGAGAGCUCAGAAAUAUGCAGAGGGAAUUUUGCAAGCCGAGUGUCGCCCGUCUUUUGCAAAGACGAAGUUGAAUGAGCUGUUUCCAAACAAAUACAACACGGACCUCCUUCCCUUUAUAACAAAAGAUAUCGACGCUCAGUCUGAUCUCUUUAAAUACCACCCUCCUUUUGGGUUUCGUAAUUUUUUGGAGAAGCUUCGAGACUUGGUUCAACUUCUACCUGAACACGAUCUACCGGCAGAGCUGCGGCUUAAACGCUGUAAACGUUGCAUUGUUGUGGGAAGUAGCAGCGUAUUACACGGGUUGAAGCUGGGCACCUACCUGAAUCACUUUGACAUUGUCAUCAGGUUAAAUGACGCACCCGUUUGGGGAUACACAAAUGAUGUCGGCAACAAAACAACGAUAAGAAUGACCUAUCCUGAAGGAGCUCCUUUAGCUCAAGAGGAAUAUUUUCCAAAUAGCUUAUUUCUGGCAGUAUUAUUUAAAACGGUUGAUUUUGCAUGGAUAAAAGCAAUGGUGAAAAAUGAAAGUUUACCGCUCUGGAUGCAUCUCUUCUUUUGGAAGAAGGUGGCGAUGAAAAUACCCCUCCCCCCGGGGAAUUUCCGGAUUUUGAACCCGAUCAUCGUUAAGGAGACAGCACUGGAUAUUCUGCAAUACCCGGAACCUCAGCCCUGGCUCUUCUUCCGGGAUCAGAACACACCCACGAUUGGCUUGAUAGCCACGGUUCUAGCUACCCAUUUAUGUGACGAAGUGAGCUUAGCCGGGUUUGGCUACGACCUGCGUCAUCCGGAGACCCCUCUGCAUUAUUACGACAACAUUUGCAUGGUGGCCAUCAACGGGCAAACCAUGCACAACGUCACCCAGGAGACACAAGUUCUGCAGAAGCUGGUCAGAGAAGGCGCCGUAAGCGAUCUCAGCGGGGGGAUCUACUGCCACUUCUGCGACAAACUGGGCUAACCGUGGGAUCAGAGAUGGACUUUCGCGUGUCCCUGCAAGCUUCCCUUGGUCAAGAAAAAAAAGCCACGUUCGUAUUCCACGGAGAUCACGCGAGGCAACUUCUGCACGAAGUGGACAGUAACUUUUCGGGGUUCAGUGUUUAUUGAAUAUUUGGCAGAGGUUUCUGAAGAUGGGUCUGUGCUCAACAGCAAACUGGUACAGGUCAUUGUAGCACACAGGGCUUCUGAAUGUUUUUGUCCGGACACAUAGAGAAUGAAUUACGUGCAGUCCUUGACUUACAACCAAAUUAGGGCUCAAAUUUCCGCUACUAAGCGAGGCAGUUAUUAAGUGCCUUGAGCCUGAUUUUAGGAGCCUUUAUUUUAUUUUAUUGUUUUGCAAUGGAUGUUAAGCGAAUCAGUGCAGUUUUUAAGUGAAUCCAACUCCCCCUCUCCUCUCAUUGGACUUUAAUGGUCAGAAACCGGCUGGGGAAAUCUCCAUUUUUAAAUUCAUUUAUCAAAUUUAGAAGCUGCCGUCUCCAUCCCAGCGGGACUGUGGGUGGUGCGGAAGUAAAAAUAUGAAAACAUAAAAAUUAUAUAAAGUUUAAGUAAGAGGCAAAGAUUGUUACAAUUCAGCAUUAAAAACUAAUUAGAAGGUGAUGGUGUCUUUAGGGUGCUAACCAGCUCCGUACAUCAUGCUCCUCUCUUGAGAACUAAGAAAAAUGCUGGGUCUUCAGACAUUUAUGAAAGGCCAGGUGGGUGUGGGGGUCUGCUUCUCCUCUUGGGGGGAAGGGUGUAUCAAAGGGUGGGGGAUAAUGGUAGAGAAGGCUCUCUUCCUGGAGAGCCAAUCAGAAUUAUUUAAUUGAUGGGUUAGGAGAAGAAGUGGCAGGAAAUCAGAGGUGGAGUCAAAAGAGGAAUUAGCCUAGAAUCCUACGUAGCCACAAACAAAUUUAAGCGCAAUCCCCUUUGAAUUCCAUUGAUUCUUAUCUGACUCCACGCAUGAGCUGACCGUUAGUUGAGAAGAUUCCCAUUCAUAGGAUUUUAUUAAUAAAUCAGUUUAAUUGGAUGUCUCCGUCAUCCAGGUCAUAGUCUUCCCAAAGGUGCUUUUUUUCAAGAGGCAACUGGACUUUCUGGUUGGUUUGUUUUUUGAAGACGUUUUGCUUCUCACCCAAGAAGCUUCUUCAGCUCUGACUGGAUGGUGAAGAAUGGAAGGAUUUAUACUCCUUGCAGACAGCUGCAUCCUUUUAGAGAGUUGUUAAGGUCACCUGGAGGUUCAUUUGUGUCCUCAGGGUCACCUGAGUGGUGCAAAUGGGUGUGGAGCCUUCUUGGAACUGAUGAAAGGAUUGUGUUGUAGAUUGGAGAUAGAUGGUGUCAUAUCCAUUCUCUCUUUGAGACAGGGCUGUUCAAUUUUGACUAGAUGGCCUCUUUGACCCCUCUUUCAAGCCAGCGUUCCUCUCUAUCCAAAAUGUGCAUUCUGCUGUCUUCAAAAGUGGGUUUUAAAUGCAGAUGGACUGCUGAAUCAUGUCCUGAUGUGUUUGUUCUGCUAUGUUGCGCCACGCGUUUGUGAAGUGGUUGUUUUGUUUCCCCAAUGUACAGAUCUGCACGUGGCUCACUGCAUUGUACUGCCUAUACCAACUUGCUCAAUUUCCGUCUGGGUGUUUUAUCCUUGCGGUGGACAAGCCUCCUGCCUUAGUGUAUUCUUGGGUUUAAAGUGUGCACGUCUGUUGUGUUUGCUGAAGAUCCUCUUGAGCUUUUCCGAUAUUCUUGCAACUUACAGAAUGACGACGUUGCUUUGUUUAUUGUUCCCAUCAUUGUCUGUUACAGAGGAGGGUCUUCUAUGAGAUUUGAUGAAGGCCCACUUGGAUUCCCUUCAGAACGUGUGGCUUUGAUCGUAGGGUUGCUGCAACCAUCAUAAGUUCAUGCCAGUUGCCAAGCGUCUGCAUUUUAAUUACAUGACCUGUGUGUGUGUGCGGCGAUAGGCCUAAGGCCGAGGUUGUAAGUCACUUUUGCAGUGCCAUUGUAACUUUGGUCACUAAGCGAACGGUCGUAACUGGAGGAUCGCCUGUAUAAGUUACUUGUUCAAGGGAUGGUGUUGUGACCCAGAUCCAAAUAGGUAGCAACAAACUCAGUCCGUGAUAAAAUAAACUUUAUUCUAACAGCUGGGAGUUACUUCAUUCCCAGCGUCGUUCAACUCAAAGUAAAACAAAUGCCUCCCAAACACAAAUUCUCCAGUUAUCUCGCAAACCUUGGUCCAAUUAGGCAAACUGCCAAAAGCCCUUCCUGGCAAAUGUCCAGAAGCCACAAAAACAAAGACAUAGACGAAGCAGAAAACGCAGAUACCAACGUUGUUUUCCAGCAAGGAGCCCAAGAGCCGUUGCUGGUCUUUUAAGCCUUAUGGGAGGGGCCAAUCAUCUCUUGGCCUUACUCCUGAGUCGUCCUCUUUGCUUGAGCUGCUUUUGCCUUCUGGCAGUUCUUCUCAUGCGUGCAUUAGGAACAGGCUCCUCCUGAUCCUCUGCCUCACUACUAUCAGUCUCUGGAGGCUCUGGAGUCCGCACAGCACUCCCCGAUGGCCCUGGUCCCACCUCAGCCUCAUCGCUGUCCGACUCGGUAGACUGCUGGCGGACCACAACAGAUGGGAUAAAAAUUCUAUUAAAAUUAUAAAUUCUGUGACAGUAUUAUUUUUCCGGAAAAGUUUUUAGUCUGCUCUAUGCUUUUAUCUGCUUUCACACCGAGAUAGAUACUAUACCAGAGGUGGGUUUCAGCAGGUUCUGACCAGUUCUGGU